ACGCAGACAGAUUUCCGCAGAGAGAAAAAGAAACGAAUUAAUGGAGGGAAUCAGAGACAGCCUUAUGCACGGCAUGGCGCCGGCUCCGGUGGAGGCCAACGCCACCGGCAUGCCCAACAUGCGCCACCGCCACGGGAUGUUCAUGCACAUGAGCUUCUUCUGGGGCCACGACGCCCUGAUUCUCUUCUCCGGCUGGCCGGGCACGCAUUUCGGCAUGUACUUCCUGGCUCUGAUCUUCGUCUUCGUCCUCUCGGUCUUGGUCGAGUGGCUCUGCCACUGCCGCCUGGUCAGCGACGCCUCCGACAGCCUAGCCGGUGGCCUGGCCCAGACAGCCGCGUACGGCGUCAGGGUGGGUCUGGCCUACAUGGUGAUGCUCGCCGUGAUGUCGUUCAACGUCGGGGUGUUUCUCAUGGCGGUGGCCGGACAUGCGUUGGGAUUCUUCUUGUUCGGGAGUAGGGUUUUCAGGAAGAGGCCGCCGGCUUGUGGGAAGUUGGAAAAUUUAGGCCCGAUGAGUUGUUAAUCGUAUGAGAAGGUCUGACUAAUUAAUGUU